GAAUAGAAUCUCUGUGCCAAUAUCUUUAGCGUACCAAUCAUCCAGCCGAGUCUCCUGUUCUGUUUUCAAGUGACAGUUACCUUCCACCAACCAAUUACACAAAUAUCUCCCAAACCCACCAACAAACUCAUAGAAUUUUUCUCCACAACGUCUUCCCCUGCUCAUAGAAUCUUCUUCUACAAUUCUCGACUUUUUUGUAGUAUCUGUUAGAGCAAAAUUAACAAGAUAGCUAAGUUUUCUGAAGUGAUGGCGGAGGAGGAAGCCAAGAAAGUGGAGGCUGAUCCACGUUCUGAGGCUCCACCACCACCUCCGGAGGAAACAGUUGAAGCAGCUCCGAAAGAUGUCACGGAGGAGAAAUCUGUAAUUCCACCACCACUUCCUCCACCGGAGGAGAAACCAGCUGCUGAUGAGUGUAAAGCUCUUGCUGUUGUUGAAAAACCAGAACCUGCUGAGGAGAAAAAACUUGAGGGCUCUAUUAACAGAGAUGCUGUACUUGCUCGAGUUACUACGGAGAAGAGAUUGUCUUUAAUUAAAGCAUGGGAAGAAAGUGAGAAAUCAAAAGCUGAUAACAAAUCUCAGAAAAAGUUAUCUGCCAUAGGAGCAUGGGAGAACAGCAAGAAAGCAAGUCUGGAGGCUGAGCUCAAGAAGAUUGAGGAGCAACUGGAGAAAAAGAAAGCGGAAUAUGUCGAGAAAAUGAAGAACAAGGUUGCUCUUAUUCACAAGGCAGCAGAAGAGAAGAGGGCAAUGAUUGAAGCCAAACGAGGAGAAGAUCUUCUCAAGGCAGAGGAAACUGCUGCAAAAUACCGUGCCACAGGAACUGCCCCGAAGAAACUGCUAGGAUUUUUUUGAAGCUGAAUUAUUUAGUUUGAUUUGAAACUGAAGUUGCAUUUGUAAAACUUUUUGGUUUGAGAAUUUGUGUUCUAAUUUGGUGAAGAAUUGAUAGGCUGUUCUAUUAUGUGUGCA